UGAAGGCAUUGAGAUGCGUCCAGCUGUCGUGUUUUGUACGGUGAUCGCCGUAUUUCUGGUUUCGGAAACUGAAUCAGCUGUUUCUAGGGGUGUUUUCAAGGAUCCAGCCCAUCCUGGAAAGUGUGUCGUUGACGGCUUGGUCCUUGAAAAAGGUCAGACUGCCCGCCACCCAAAAAUGUGUGCGCGAAUUGUGUGCCAGGACAAAAGCGAAGCACAGAUUCAAUCAUGUGGUGCUGUUGGACUACCACCUGGAAAGAAAUUCGGAAAAUACACAACUCCAAAUGCUGAUUAUCCCGCCUGUUGCCACCGUGAGAUUAUCAACGAGUAAUACUAGUUUUGUAACUCAGCAGUUUUUAAUAAAUUAAAUAAAAACCGGAAA